UUUAAGUCCAGCUUGCUACUCGUAAGCGAAAAGUGAUGCUGCUGAUGCAGGUACAGAGACCUAGAGUAGAGGGCGGUACUUUUAACUCUUUUAUUCCCUCCCCUCCCUUCCACGCUGCUUAACUUCUCAUGACACCCUUCUCAUUUGCCAUUAAUCAUUGUUUCUUUCCUCCAAAAAGUGCAUUCUUUUUAGAGGGGGGCCAGUGACCUAACCAAUCUCUGAAAGUAGCCGGAGCUAAUCCAAUCUUCCUCAAUUGACGCCCUGAGAGCACCGCGCCUGCAGUUCAAUGACACCUCCAGCCGGUCAAAUCGAUAGUACCGACGUUUGUCCCCACCUUUUUUUGUUGAAUCCUUGUAAUUGCAUCGACUAACAGACACCAAUGUAUCCGUGAGUAAUUAACCUGGAUGAUCCGAACCAAACGAAGACUGCAAGGAAGGAUCUGACGCGAACAUGAAGCUCAUUUGCCAUGUCUAAGACAGCGGUGAAGAAGCUGCACUGGCGUUCCAAGGUGCAGGACAGCUUCGUCCCUCUGCUGGGCUCGUCGGGGGAGCUGGGCAUCGCCGUUGGUGGAGGAGCAGAUUAUGGAGAGUUUCCUUUUGUCACAUCGGCUCCGGGGGGCGGCCUCACAGUGGGUGAUAUCAUCCUAGAGAUUGGGGGAACACCAGUUCUAGGAAUGACAUUAGGAGACGUCCGCGGCAUCCUCAACUCGUGCCCUCAUCCUAUCCGUAUCAAAACUGUGUCUCCAGGCUCCACAUUGUGCAAGGAUCUCAGGUUGUAUCUGAGUAAGUGCUUCACACCCGGCUCGGUGGACAGCCAGCUUCAGCAGGUCAUCAGAGAGAACCUUUACCUCCGCGCUGUGCCCUGUACAACAAGACAACCCAGAGAGGGGGAAAUCUCAGGGGUAGACUACAACUUUGUGUCCAUUGAGGAGUUUUUCUCCUUGGAGGAGUCGGGAGCGUUGCUGGAGAGUGGAAAGUUCAAAGGGAAUUACUACGGCACACCGCGGCCCGUUCACAUCAGUGCAGAGAGCCCCCCCAUCACGUACCAGGAACACCGCAACCUGCUUAGAAACUUCCGCACACGCAGCAAAUCGCUCAGCAACCUGGAGAAGACUGCAGAGGACGGCAUAAACGGCGAGGAUGACUCAGGCCUGUCAGGAGGCUCUGCAGGUGUCAGCAGCAGCAUCCCUCUUGGCCGCCGGUCCCCCGGUCGGCCCCGGGCGUCCAGCAGCGGUGGCGAUGGUCAUGUCAUGGAAAACGGGAUCAUCUGCAGAAGAAGUGGUGCCAGAGUGAGAGGUGUGAUGCCUGAUCACUGGGAGCAGGCCUUCAGUGACCCGGGAGAGUCACUUUACAUUGAACGCAGCCCGAAGAGGACCAGCUGGCAGAGUCCUCGAGCCUCAAGCAGGGAGACCAUCUACAAAAAUGAAUGGUUCACUGACCAGCCUGCGGAGCUCAGGGGUUUUCCUGUGCACACACACUUAACUAAGGGCUCCAGAGGCUUUGGUUUCAAUAUUGUGGGGGGCAGCAGGCCAAGAGAGUUCCUCCAGGUCUACAGUGUGACUGCUAGUGGACCCUCUGCCCUCAAGACAGCGGACAUCCUGGUGUACAUCAACGAUGUUUGUGUGCUCGGAGUGUCUCACAAAGAGGUUGUAGAGAUGCUCAAGUCAGUGCCUGUGGGCCACAGUGUGGAUGUAGAAGUUAGAAGAGGGUAUCCGAUGCUCUACAACCCCGACGGAUGUCCCAAGCAGCCUCCGCCAAGGUUACUGGACAGCGGGGACCCCAUCCUCCCACCCACCACCACCCAACCUCAGCCUUUUCACCAGCUACCUCGCCUUCCAACACCCACACCCCAGACCCAGCACUUUAACUUUAACGGGGUCCACAGUGAUGGGAGCUACAUGGAGCCCGGGAUGGCUCUAGACGCCAAUGGAAACGCCAUGUCUUUUGCCUCCAGACCGCUGCCCCCCUACAGGCGCUCCAGUUUGAGCAACGCUGCCUCUUCCCCUCCUGUUCGUCCGCCUCGUUCCCUCAGAAGUUUAGCCAGACUGCAAUCACUCGACCCAACGCUGGCCAGCCAAAGCGACAGUGAAGUUGUUUCCGCCAUUGGUUCACACAGGGCAUCGAUGAUCCGCAAUCACAACAACAACUCCCUCUCGACGCCGCCUCAUCCUCUACGUUAUGGAACAUCCAAGUCGUCUGAGAGCGACCUGUCCACAUGCACCUUGUCGGGAUCUCGGCUGCCCCUCCCUCAGUCGCCACGGAGGCCCUCGUCUUCCCCCGGAGGCCCUCGCAGCGUCCACUCCCACCUGUUCAGGCCACAGACCUCCCACCUCCGACCUCCGCCCACCCCAGACAGCCCCCACCACCGGGGCUUCAACGGUUUCCAUGGCAACACCAGCCCCACUGCCAGUCCCAGCAGUGUGUCCUCUCCCGGGGCCAUGAGUCUGGGCAGUGGAGUUGGCAGUUUCAGCGGAGGAGAGCUGGUGCCGGUGGCCUUGGCCCAGGCUGAAGGAGACAGAGGCAUCGGCUUCAGCGUGACGGCUGGAGGGCCUGGAGGCAGGAUGACUGUGGUGAAGAGAGUCUGGGACAGGAAGCAGUGCAACUCCCUGCAGCCAGGGGAUGCUAUUGUCAAAAUCAACGGAGCUGAUGUCCAGAGUCUCAGUUUUGCACAGGUACAAACAGUUCUACAGGAACACACCAAACAAGGAGAAGUUGUUUUACUGGUUUACAGAGGAGGCAUUUAUCAUUCAACCGUCUCCCCCGGCUCUAUUCGAAGACUCCCUCCACCGCUGCUCCGUCCUCCUCCUCCACCUGUUGGCUCAGACACCUCCUCUCUGCUCCCAGAAGUUCUGCCAAUGCCCCGCACCUCCAUCAGCACCCCUCCCUCCCCGGCCCCAACGCGAUCCUCUCUGAUCCAGAGCACCAGUUUCUUGGAGUCGAUCCCGGUUACCCUGACCAUGGAGCCCAAAGACUGGAUGAACACGGGCCUGGAGGACGAGGCCGGCGGCGGCCCGAUGCCGGACGCAGGUCUGGAGAAGCAGAGCGGCGAACGAACUCGACCGCUUCGAGGGUUCGAUGUGGAGCUGAGGAGGAAGCCAGGAGAGGGCUUUGGGUUCGUCAUCGCCUCUCAGGAUGUGGAGAACGGUAAAGCUGCCUCCCUUCUUCCCCACCGGUUUGUGACGGUCCGUCGAGGCAGUCCGGCAGCUAAGAGCGGUCAGAUCCGGCCUGGAGAUCGUUUGGAGGCGGUGGAGGGACGAUCGGUGGUGACUCUGCCUCAUCGGGAGCUCGCUCAGAUACUUCGCAGAGCUGGAAAUACUCUCCGCCUCACUAUUGUCCCCCGACCCAGCACCUACUCUUCAACCCUUUCAGAAACAGCUGACUAUGACCCCUCUCACCGAGGCAGGAAAGGUCAAAGGUCACGUCCAAAGCGUGACUCCAGGUACUACAGUGUCGAUCUGGACCGCGGCCCGUCAGGCUUCGGCUUCAGCCUCCGAGGGGGAAGCGAGUACAACAUGGGCCUCUAUGUGCUGGGACUGAUGGAGGGGGGGCCCGCCUCACGGAGCCAAAAAAUGCAGGUGAGCGAUCAGCUGGUGGAGAUCAACGGGGACAGUACGGCCGGAAUGACCCACAGUCAGGCUGUGGAGCAGAUCCGCAGAGGAGGCCAUCGCAUCCACCUGGUGCUCAAGAGAGGAAACGGCUACGUGCCUGACUACGGCCGUGAGCACCGAAUCGCCUCCCCCUCCCUCCCGCAUCACCCCAAGGAGCAGGGUUUGGCUGCAGUAGACUCCGCUGGAAGGAGGGGGCACACUUCCAAGAAGAAGAGGAGAAGCAAGUCGCAGGGAGAGGAGAGAGAGACGGAAAGGAGGGGAAGAAGAAGACGGGGCUCAGAGGGAGGAGAGCGCUCGGGUUUGCAAAGCCCCGUCUCUGAGGGGAGACGAGGGAGGUCUCGGGAAGGCAGGGAUGGGAGGAAGAGGAGGAGAAAAGGGGAGACUCAGAGUUUACCCAGAGAUGCCCUCAGGAAAUAUGAUGAUAGUGAUACAGAAAAGGGGACAGUGAAGGGAAGGAGAAGGGGGAAACACAGAGGGAGGAGCAGAGAGAGGAAAAGUAAAGAAAGGGGGAGGGUGGCAAAGGGUGAGGAGUCUGAGCAGGAAGAGGAGGAGCAAAAAGUACCUGCUGCUGAGGAGGAGGUGGUAGAAGAAACGGUGGAGGAAAGGGUGGAAGAAAGGGUGGAGGAAAGAGCGGAAGAAAGGGUGGAGGAAGUGGAAAUAGCAGAUAUAGAGGGAGAAGAGAGUGAUGAUGAAGUUUUCCUGCCUAUUCCAAGUCUGAACCAAAAGCUUCCCAGUCCCAAACAGAACUGGGAGGAGGAGGAGGAGGAAGAGGAGGAGGAGGAGGAGGAGAAAAGCUGGUACGUGGCAGCAGAGUACAGGGAGCUGAGGACAGAACAGGAGCAGGGGAGGUCAUGGGAUGAUGACGGGGAGGAAAAUAAAGACGCCGAGCUGAAUGAGGUUGAAAAAGAUGAUGAUGCACAGAGCGGGCAACUGGAGAGGCCGUUGCCGGGCGUUGCUGUGGUCGAUCCGGUGUCACAGAGAAAGCCCUUCUCCUUCCUCACCUCCGCACUGUCCGUACAGCAGCUGGAGGAUGAUGAUGAUGAUGAUGGUGAUGGUGAUGGUGAUGGUGAAGGUGAUGAUGAGUCAGAAUCUGGAGGCAGCCAAUCUGACAGCAGCGUGUCUGCUGCCAGCAUCUCAGGCCUCUCUCUGGCUGCCACAGAGGCAGGCGGGCGCAGGGCGGCGGUGCUGCCAGGCCCUUGGCUCGUGCCCAGGCAGCAGAGGAGCGCUCAGGUCGUGGGGGAGACCAGGCGGGCCGGGAGGCGGACGGGACGGAGGGGAGGAAGCAGAAGAGCUGUCUCUUGACUUCUAUCAUGCAGCAGCUGAAUGAUACUGGAUCCAACUCCACACUGUUAGACCUGUUUUCUGCAGCUACCCGCACUACGACUACCAACAUUUUCUCUGAGUCACUUUGAUACCUACAGUAGUAUGAAGUCAUAUUCUUUGUGCCUUUUCACAGCUGAUCUCUGGCUGAUGUUAAAUGUCAGUAUCUCAUUUUAACUCCUAAACGAUAGCAAGCACUGUCAUUAUUUUUCUUCCAAAGCUUCUCCUGAGCGUCCCCCGAUUGUACAUUUUGUUUCCAGGACAACAAGGCUUUUUACCUUAAUUCAACCUACUUCCUUGCUCUCGCUCACUCUGCUCUCCUAAGUAGCCCCACCACCACCACCCCACCCCUUAAGAAUAGACAUCAAAUUUUACCUCAUGAAGAUACUGAGCAAUAAUAAUGCAACUGUCCGAGACUAUCAGCCAUCAUUAGUUACCGCCAGGUCGAGCUGGUCUGAGAGGAAUCAGUGUAACGUGUUUGUACAGCAUCCUCUUUGUCUUAUGUGGACACUCGCCUCAACUUGUAACGUCGUUCCAUAUAACUGGCUAUUUGAUUGUGAUGUUGCAAAUCCCUUUUGAAAGCAGGUGUGAAGUCUAUAUAUAUUCUGUAAAUAUUUGCAGAGAAAAUCAGAUUGUACAUACUAUACUAAAUGGAGCCCUGAUUUGUAUUCCUGUAUUGUAAUAUAUCAUAAUAGGUCUAAAUAUUUGAAUAUACGCAGUAUAUCUCUAUAUUACCGACAAACAGCUAACCGUUCAUAUUAUUUAUUAACGUGUGAUGACAGACUACGUGGUACCUAGCUUUUGUGAAGGCUCGAAAUGUAAACACAGCCUAUAUUGUACCAUCCCUAUUUAUACAUGAAUGUUUUGUAAUAUGCUGCUUGAGUGUGGAUUAGGAUGAUCCGUGUCGUACCCUACUUCAGACGUAAGCAAAAGAUGCCAAAAAUAUGCAUCUGGCAGUGUGCAUAUUUCAAGUACUGUUAAUGUUGUGUAUGUGGGGUCAGAACAAAAACCACUAUCUAGAUUCUAGAGAGUGCUGUGCCCAUCGUGCCACGUACAGUUGCCUUGGUAACAUAAACCACUUUACCCUAGCCACUGAUUUUUCUUACUGUGAAAACCUUUGUUCGGAGGUCUCUAAUGCUAAACGUCGGUGGGCCGUUUAGUAAUUUCAGUCAUGCCAAAAAACAAUCAACUGUAAAAACUCCACAAGAAGGAAUUUCUCCACAAUCUGAGAUGGCAAAAUAAAAUAGCACAUUGUUUUUUCUUUUGCUCUUUUUUUAAAAAUUCUGUUACGGAUAAUAAAAAAAAAAAACGAAAAAAAACAACAAAAUACAGGAAUCAAGCUGAAUGGAUACUGUGAGAUGUUAUUUUUCUAUGAGAUUUAUCUUUUUUGAUAUACUCAGGUUUUCAGAUACUUUGCUCUCUAGAAAAGCCAUUAGGAAGAAAAAGCUACAGAGUGACUUCACAGCAUUUUCACAACACACACACGGCUGGAUUCCUUUGAUUUUAAACGCUAAAGCAAUAUUCUGUUGACUCUCUGUGGAGGCAUUUGGAGACGCAGACUGUUAUUUGUUACCAGUCCAGAACCAUCUAAAGGUUGAUGCUGUAAGUGAAGUCAUUCCUUCAUUUGUAACCACAGCAACUGAAACAAACUGCUCCAUUCGUCUGUGUUGCCGUGACGAAGCAAACACACUGAACUCUCCAGCCAACGACCAUACAUACAGUGUAGCUUGGUAGCCUAUAUAUAAGACUUGUUUUAUAACGUUUGCUAAUAUUCUUUUUUUUUAAUCUUUCAUUUCCUAAGGGGGAUUGUAUGGCCGAACUGUAAACACAUUCUCAUAAAACUGCAAAUAAACUGCUGAACCAAUUUCCUCA